GUCCAGCGAACAACGUUGUACAAUUCCCUCUGUAACUUGCCUUAUACUUUGCUUAAAUGUUCCCUCCUCGCCUGCGUUUAACCGCCGGCUUCUAUGACAGUAGUGGUAGUGGGUAUGUGCCAUGGUGUAGGGAGCAAGCAAGCAAGCAAGCAACGUUGUCCUUAUUUGUGCAAAGCUCGAAGGGCAAGCAGCUUUCGUGGAUGCAUGUGCUGCAUGGGAAGGCCGGCAGCCGCUGUGGACGAACUAUCGAGCGCCCUGCGAAACAGAGGGAACACGAGGCGAACCACGAAGGGUCGACCGCGAUGCUACGAGCGCCCAAAUCGGAGCUGGUCGCUGCGCCUCUUCUGACAGUGCUGGUCACGGCCGCGCUAUUCGAUGUCGCUCACUCCAGUCGUACGGAGGCGCUGCGACAGCGCGGCAGGAAGCCAGCAUCGCCCCGAGUCUGCACCAGCGCAGCCUGCAGCAGGCUGGCCGCACUCAUCUCGCAAGCCGCGAACGCUAGCGCCCAGCCGUGCGUAGACUUCCACGAGUACGUGUGCGGCGGUUGGGAUCACCGGGCUCGGCCGCUCACCGUGGCCGAGUACGCGCGCGAGGCUUUCAUCGAGAACGUGGCGCAGCGAUCCAGGAGCGCCCCGCUUCCCGAGCUCCAACAGACGGCCGAGGAGAAGGCGGCCCGCUACUUCACCGCCUGCGACGACGUCGUCUCCGGUCACGAAGACCACCUCGACGACGUCAAGCGGUUGCUUCUGAACGGCGGCAUCACGUGGCCGGACAACGGGACCAAUUUCGACUUCCUGGACGCGAUGUUCUACAUGUCUCUGGUCGCACGAGUGCCGAUCCUGCUGCGUCUGUCGCUUCGUGGAGACGCCACGUCCGAGACUAUCCUAAUUUCCCGCGCGAUGCCGACGUUUCUGGUCGCGGCGAGGCUCAAGCGAGAAAUGAGAGCGGCGAGCGCCAAGAAGUUUUUCCGGACCCUGUACGUAGCGUUUUCCACCACGGGCCGCGUUGACGUGGACGGGCGCUUCGCGGUUCUCGCCGAUCAGGAGAACCGCCUCGUCUCGUCAUUAAACGCGGCUCAGGUGAACGCGAAAAGCGCCACCGCGACCACCUCGGAUAUUCAUCACUGGGCCAAAGGCACGUCAAAACAGCGCUGGCGAGCGACGUUUUACAAGUACUGGAGAAUAGCCAGCAAUGUCUCCGUGCCCGUAACGAUCGAGAACAGAGACUACUUCUGGGCCGUCUUCUCGCACCACAGAAGGUUCGGAGACGCGCAAACGAUGGACCUGUUCGGUUGGCUGUGCGUGCAAGCGCUUUUUCCUUUCACCAACCGGAAGAUCGUGUCGAGUUACUACGCGUCUCCGGAUGUGCAGAUCAAGCACCGAAACCUCUGCUUCCAUCAGACCGACAGGAUUAUGCACUACGCCUUUCAGUCGGACAUUGCCCGGGACAUCUGUUCCGAAUCGCUCGUCGACGACGUUACCUCGCUCGUCGCACGUAUAUCGCAUUCCAUAGACGACACCGUGACGACCGGCUGGCUAUUCUUCGGCGAAUGCCUCGAACACGACAGCCGCGGAGACAGAUUCACAAGUGCGCUCGCAAAGUACGAAACAAAUUACACCGCGCAGGCUUACGCAUCAUUUCCGGACAUGACUGGCGACCCACUUGUCAACUGGAUAGAAGCGGUGGACGCAGUGCCCGAUACGCUGCGCUACCUCCUUCCUGCCGGUGAACUCGCGCUCGGCGAAGACGUGCGAGCCGGCGAGCCUCCGAUCGAGCCAGCGUACCUCGACGUACCCUGGUACGCGCUCGACGCGCCGCUCGCCGUCAAGCUGGCCGGCCUAGGAUCUCGCGUCGCCGGGAAGGUCUUUCGAGAGUUGCUGUCCCCGAACAGAGCGUGCCGCGGGCUCAGAGACAGCGCGGAGCGCCUGUGGAGCUGCAUCGUGGCCCGCGAGCAGCAGGACUCGGACCUCUCGGACGCCGCUAGGGACGACGUGCUAGUGUCCGUACUUUCCUCCGGCGUCCUGUGGCCGGUCCUGCGCGACCUCGUGGCGGGCAACGGUAGCGUUCUCGCAACCGUACAGUCGCUCUCGGAGGCGCAGCUCUUCUUCGUCGUGGGCUGCCUACUGCUGUGUGGGGAAGAGCACAGCGAGGCGAAGUGCAAUCUCCCCUUGAAAGACAACGUUCGCUUCGCACACGCCUUUUCCUGCCCACGUGGCGCUCCUAUGCACCCCAGACGGACUUGUAGCGACAUCGGCUUUAGCGCUUUAGCCAUUAAGCGCGUCUAAACAGAGUCAUUGCGGUACGUCAGCCGAGGACAUGCAGCAUGUGAUCCCGUGGAAUGACGCGAAAUGAUAUAUUAAAUAUUAAAGGUUGUUAAUGUUGACGGC